UAAAAGGGCUCAACAGUCGAACAGAACAACAUCCCCCAACCUCUUCCACAGCAAAAUAGCAUCAAAACACCCAAAGCUUUCAAGGCCUUCCUUCAACUUCAACGAACCAAAUAGCAUCAGAGCUUCACUUCAAUUUCUCUUUCAGUUUCUAACCCAGAAGUGUCACAAAGUCUCACCGAUAAAUUCAAAUGGCAACUAGUUUGCAAUUACCAAUCUCAAUAUCAGCGACUUCUUCAUCGUCACUUAGAGCCAGAAAUACUCGAAAGUUCGCAGCUUUUUGUUCCAUUAACGCGAAAGCAAAAGUUAAAAUCCCCAUUCCUCCAAUAAACCCUAAGGACCCGUUUCUUUCAAGGCUCAGUUCAGUGGCUGCCAAUUCACCCGAAACUUUACUGAACCGACCUGUUCAAAAUUCUGACUCUCUUCCGUACUUGGAUUUGUUUGAUGAACCUAAGCUCAUGGCCACACCUGCCCAAGUGGAAAGAUCUGUUUCUUACAACGAGCAUAGGCCAAGGAAACCACCUCCAGACUUGCCGUCAUUGCUACUUCACGGGAGAAUAGUUUAUAUUGGCAUGCCUUUAGUACCAGCAGUCACUGAGCUUGUUGUUGCGGAAUUGAUGUAUCUGCAAUGGAUGGAUCCUAAACAACCAAUAUAUAUUUAUAUCAAUUCUACUGGAACCACUCGUGAUGACGGUGAAACGGUUGGCAUGGAGUCAGAGGGGUUUGCUAUCUAUGAUGCAAUGAUGCAGUUGAAAAAUGAGAUACAUACGGUUGCCGUUGGGGCUGCUAUAGGUCAAGCUUGUCUCUUGCUUUCAGCAGGAACUAAGGGCAAACGAUUCAUGAUGCCACAUGCCAAAGCCAUGAUCCAACAGCCUCGUGUGCCAUCAUCUGGGCUGAUGCCUGCUAGUGACGUUCUUAUUCGUGCAAAAGAGGUAAUAACAAAUAGGGACAUUCUUAUAAAGCUUCUGGCCAAGCACACAGGAAAUUCAGUAGAGGCUGUUACUAAUGUGAUGAGAAGACCAUAUUAUAUGGAUUCUACAACUGCUAAAGAAUUCGGGGUGAUUGACAAGAUCCUUUGGCGUGGUCAAGAAAAGAUAAUGGCAGAUGUAGCCUCCCCUGAGGAAUGGGACAAGAAAGCUGGUGUCAAAGUUGUAGAUGAACUUAGUCUCUAGUGGGUGCAAUGUUGUCAUUAUAGGAAUUCUUACUUGGUUACUAAAUGUAGAAGAAAUUACAUGAUCGGUCACUUGUUGGGAUUCUUUGGUUAUUGGUUGAAGCAUGAAUGAAUGUAAAGAGCGUCGAAUCAUCUUAUGGGGAGAAUAUAAUUGCAGGAAUCUGAAGUGGCCUGUUUAAGAGGAAGAUUUGGAUGGAAGAGAUUGAAUACUGAUGCCAAAUUGAAUUGCCGCUGGAACAAUUUGGAGGGUGCACGAACACGGACGUUCGAAGGUUACGAGGGGUCAGACUCUUUCUAUGUCCUAAUUGAAGCGCUGUAGAUU